AUGCUCCAGUGCUCUCCAUGCAAACUGCGUACCCACCAGUGGUGUUUCCUCCUCUUCAACGUCCUCCUCUUCCAUGCCCUGCUGUUUGGGGCAGACUUUGUCGAGGAGUACCUCCUGCAGCCCACACCUGGGGUCUACACUGAUGGCUUGGUUGUUGAUGUAAGAGAGAAAGCAAGGAAACUAGACCUGAGCAACGUCAGGGAGAAUGUGUCCCUGGCCUACCCCAUCACAAACCCUGAUGCCUGCAGAAACUCUAACCUCUUCCUCCUUACUCUCGUCUUCAGCUCCACAGCUAAUAUCACCCAAAGAGAUGCAGUCAGGAGGACAUGGGCUAACCAAACGCUCAUCCAAGGCUUCCCAAUGCGGAUACUGUUCUUCUUAGGAUCAACAGAGACUUCCGCUGCACAAAAGGCCCUCAUGAUAGAGUCUGACCUCCAUGGGGACAUGGUCCAGGGUCAUGCUGUGUCUGACUCGUCCCUCCGUGGCCCAACAGAAAGGACAGUGCUGGCGCUGCGCUGGGUGAUUGCCUUCUGUCCCGUGGCAAGAUUUGUUCUGCUGACUAAGGACUCUGUGUUUAUCAACCUUCCUGCAAUCGGAGGCUACCUACUCGGGCUGCACAGGCACCCUGAGGACCUUUAUUUAGGUAGGGUGAUCCAGAGAGACUCCCCUGACAGGGACCCCAACAGUCCUGGUUUCUUACCCCCAGCACUCUACCCUGACAAGUACCUGCCUGAAUACUGUGAAGGGACGGCUUAUGUUAUAUCCCAGGAUGUGGUCCGAAAAGUGUAUGUUGCCUCUGCAGCAGUUCGUGCACCUGUGCCAGCUGAUGUUUUUGUGGGCCUUUGUGCUCAGAAGGCUGGUGUGGCACCAACCCACAGUAGCAGGUUCUCAGGAGAGAAACAUAUCCGCUACAACGCCUGCUGUUACCGCUAUCAAUUCAGCUCAGCAGGAAUGGAAAGCCAUGAACUAGAUAUAGUGUGGGCAGACCUGGGACAGAAGGGUGAACAAUGCUCACUGUUAAAGACCUACUAUGGCCUGGUGACCUGCAAAGCCCUGACGUACCUGGAUAAACUGUCCUUCUAG